CUAAGUUCGACCUAGAACAGAAAGGGAAAGUUGCUCAAUUUCCGCAGCAAUCCAGUUCGUUAGUACAGUACUAGGGACUCGGGACAAUGUCCCUCGUGACGCGGCGGCCUCGCUCCGUACUGCUCUAGCGGGCACGACCUUGACGACCUUAUCAACCAUUCAGUUCAUCCAUAGCGCCAUUGCUAGCUCGAGAUAUAAGCAACGACCUGAUUUUUGUGGAGGCAUGGUCUGACAAUGGUCUCUGCGAUAUUAGUACUACUCCAGCUGGCGCUGGCGGCGCUCGUCGCCCAUGUGAUCUACUGCUGCUAUUUCCACCCUCUAGCACGGUAUCCAGGCCCCUUUCUGGCUCGCGUCACAAAUAUUUGGGGAUUUACCAGUUUCCUCCGAGGCCAGCACCAUCUAUCGGAAGAGUCUCUGCACCGAAAACACGGUCCCGUCGUCCGCGUCGCACCCAAUUGGCUCUCCUUUUCCCGGCUUGAGGACUUCGAAGCUAUCUAUGGAAUCAACAAAGCGAUCGAGAAAGGUGAUUUCUACGCAUUCGGGCAGAAGCGCAGCCAGAGCGAAGCCAGUGUAUUCGCCGCGAAAUCGAACCCGGUUCACCGGCAGAAGAAGCGGAAGAUGCUCGGACCGGCGCUGACGAGCUCCAAGGUCGUGCGGUACGAGCCGAUUAUCACGAGGCAUGUUGCGGGGUUGGUCGCCCGGCUUGAUGCGCUGCAGCAGGAACAGGCGGACGGUUCCCUGACCGGCGGCGGCGCUGUCAAUGUGGCGCCGCUUGUUCACCGCUUCACCGUGGAUGUCAUGUUGGAUAUCCUCUUCGGCUCGGCGGUGGGACCGCGGCCUUAUACGGAUGGUGAUGGUGAUGAUGAUGGCGCUGGCGACAUCUGUACUGACCUGCGGAGGGUGAGCAAGAUGGCGUGGAGUUGCUCCCUCUGGCCGGCCUUUGGAUGGGUUAUGAAUAGUCAUCUGGUUAAUGCCUGUAUUCGGAGGGCGAGUUACAACGCCGAAGGAGCCCCGAUCGGAUUGACGGGGCUUAUGAGCCGAGGCUACGCGGCGAUCGUGAUGAGCCCGGAGAAGUUCGCUGUGGAAUCACAACCUGGGAUUGUGAAGAGCUGGUUAGAGGUUUCUGGGGGAGAUGCGCACCGUAUGACACGGAGUGAAGCUAUGGCAGAGGCUUUCAAUCUGGUUUUUGCAGGUCCAGGAAGCAUGGCUGCCGUGUUGACAGCGGUACUAUACCAAUUAGGCCUACCCGAGGGCCGAAUGUGGCAGGAGAAGCUCCGAGAUGAGCCACUAUUACUGCACGAGAGCUCGACAGACGCCUCGCAGUCGAUAGAGCUGCAGGCAGUCAUCAAAGAGACGAUGCGCGUCCGUUCAGCCUUCCCUACAGCCUUUCCUCGGGUGAUCAUGCCUGGGGCUGAGAGUGCGAUUCCUGGCCUGCACAGUCCCCUGCCAGCUGGGACGACUGUAUCGGCCAACACGUAUGUUCUGGGUCGAUCGCGCGAAAUCUGGGGAGACGAUGCCGAUCAAUGGAAGCCUCAGCGAUGGCUUGGUGAUCAGGACCAUCGUCGGCGCAUGGAGAACAAAUUUGUCGCGUUUAGCAAAGGGCCCAGGGGCUGUAGUGGAAAAGAGUUGGCGUCGCUUAUUCUUGCCAAGGCUGUGAUGGCGAUCGCGCACCGGUGGAGAAUCACAUCUGCAGCUGAACUGCGGGGCAGGAGCUACCUCGAGAUGCAGUAUGACGACUGUCGGCUCAGCUUCACCCAGCUGUCGCCCGUCACAUCAUGACGGCUGUUAUGAGUCCGUUUGAAGAUAUUGGGAUUCCUUUUGUGAUGUCGGGGAAAGCUGCUAGGUGAGAUUGAGUCGGAAGCGCAAACGAAAUCGAGUAGUGAUGCCGUUUUGGGAUCCCGCCACGGCGAUGCUCCACCCACUUACGAUUAUAUAUGGAGCUCUGGAGCUACC